AUGCCACGUAAGAUACAUAAGAAUAUACGUAAGAGGAAGAGAGCAUUGAAACAUCCAAUAGUAAGACUGACACCACAACAACAGUUGCAACAACAAAUGCUGAAUGACCCCACUAUGUUGCAACAAAUGUCAAGCAAUCCUAUGCUUUUAAACCGAGUUGUUGGUGCACAGAGUGGAGGUUUAAGAGCGGCACUUUUAGCGAAAAUGGCAGGCUAUGGUGGAGCUGCAGACGGAACAGCAUAUAACCCUCAAAGUCAAAUGAAUUUGAGUUCACUCAAAAAUCAAAUAGCAGAUGUCAAAAAGUCAAACAUAGACAUACAGAAGCAAAUAGGUGAAAACGAAAAGAAACUAGAAUAUGACAGACACACAAAGAAACUCAAUGAGUUAAACGUAGAGAAAAAGAAGAAAGAAGAACAACUGAAAGAACUAAGUACAGAGGAAUAUGCGAAAAAAGUGUCAGAAAAAGCAGCAGAAGUAGCAAAAAUGGAACAAGAUGUUGUAAAUUUGAAAAACCAUACUACUCGAUAUAAAGUACUGAAAGAUGAAGAGAUAAAACAAAAAGCCCUGAAGACAUAUAUGGAUAGCGAUGAGUAUAAAAAGGAAGUUGAAGCAAAUGUAAAGGCAGAAAAACUUUUACAGUUGCAAAACCAAACCGUACAGUAUGAAAACUUAGCACAAGAAAGUAAAAAUAACGACGCAGCCAUGCAAAAGGCAAUGAAAAGCUCAGAAUAUAUAAAAGCUAACAAUGACUGGUUAGAUGCCCAAGCCAACGCUAAAGCAGCCCAGCUUAUAGGGUCAAUAAGGACAAAAAUACAAGCGGAUGAAGACAGUUCAAAUGAAGCUUUAACGAAUGCUGACUUUAAGAACGCCUUCGAAGCUCUUCAUAGUAAGGUGAAACAAGUGAACGACUUCUCAUCUGGAAAGAAACUGAAGUCUGAAGGUUUCGACAAAGAGUUAAAAGAAGUAGCACAAAAUAUGACGAAAAUAACAGAUGCAGCAACGAGACAGGCAGUUCAAAGUGCCUAUGACGCCGUUAGAGCAACUGUUGUGAAAAGUCAAGAAAAAGAGUUACAACAGACCAAAACAGACCUAGUAAAUGCUUUCUUAAGAACGAAAAGUCAGGUAGGACAUUACGCUGCAGAUGGAACAUAUGUGCCAGCUGUUGGAAUUUAUAUACCACCAAACCCUCCAAGAGAAGCACCUGCACCAGGACUACCUAAAACAUUUACAUCGUCACAUGGACAUAGACACAGGCAUGCACCAAAACCAACACAACAACCAACACAACAACCAGCACAACAACCACCUCCACAACCAGCACAACAACCAACAGUUCAAAACCCUGCACAACAACCACCUCCACAACCAGCACAACAACCACCUCCACAACCAGCACAGCAACCAACAGUUCAAAACCCUGCACAACAACAACCACAAACAGAGCAAGGACAUAAAAGAAGUAGAGAACAAGGAAACCAAGAAUUCUUAAAAAGGCUUAAGGAAGACUAUGGUUACCCAGAUAGUAUUGACUUUAGUGACAGAUAUAAAGAAGCUAUUAGAAAGUUCAAGGGAGGAAAUACUGACCCGAACCUAUUUAGCUUUAUGGUUCAGCACCAAAUGGGAUAUAAUUUCAAACCUGGAAAAUACAAGCUCGCUAAGGGAUAUGAUUUAAUAGCAUAUCAUCCAAAUGACAUGACUGAAUUUACUCCGAGAUAUUUGAUGUCAGAGCUAAAUGACAAUUCAACUCCCGUCAUGAAACGCGUAAAAAAUAGAGACGGAACGAAAGAAGAAAGGUUUAUGAGUCCGGAUGACUUAGAAAGGGAAGUUGUUAAAAACGGUCUCGGAAUAUAUGAAAUGCCAGCAGAUGAGGUACAAGAAACUCCACAGGAAGAACUAGUUCAGAUACAACCAGACAUGGAAGAAAUAGUUCAGCAACAACAGCUAGAAGAGCCUGAAGGAAACGAACAAGUCACUCCUUUGGAAACUAACUUCACAGAACUAGAUGAAGAUUUGGAACAGCCGAAAAAUCUUGACCCUCAACAAGAGUAUGCGGAGAAUAUGGAAUAUUUCCAAGAGUCUAAAAAAAAUUCGGCUGACAUAGUAGAAGAAUAUCGAAAAAUGUUUGCCGACAUACAAAAGACUCCAACACCAGAUGAAAAUAUUCAGCAUAGAAUGGAAGUACUGAAAGAAAAUGUACACAAAUACAACAACCCUUUUUACUUACGAGCAUUUAACGUUCAAUCUUCGGAUGAACUCGGCGAAAAUAAAAGGUUAAAUUUCAACAAAACAUAUAGAAAUGAAACAUUGUUUAAAGUUCAUUCAGAACCUAACCAAGAUGGAAACAAACCUACUUUUGUUUCUGCAGACGAUGGAACUACAAUGAGAUGGGGUCAUAAAGCUAACCCGGAUAGGUGGUUCAUAAACUUACAACCACAAUUCCAAGAAGUUGUAGACGCAAUGGAAGUCAAUGGUGAACCAGAUAUAGCUGGUAUUUUAAGCGCGGCUUUAAUGCCAUUGAAAGAUAUGAAACAUGCAGAUAUUUUGGACCAGUAUGAAAUGAACAUGGCUGAUGGAAAUAUAACACCUGACGUUCUAGAACAUUUAUCUCAAAGAACUACACAGAACCAUAGAGAUGGUAUAUUUGGUGAAGAGUUUAGAAAGAAAGUUAGGGAGAGCGAAGGAAGAGAACCUAUUGUACAUGACCUUGCAAAUGAAAGUUUACAAAAUGUCAUAAAAACUUACUUUGCAGACAAUGAACUGAGAAGGGAUGAAUAUUUAAGAAAACUCAAAUGGACAGUACCAAAUGAAAUGUUAGUAUUGAAAAACAUGUUCCUUGACAAAAUAAAACCAACUACAGAAAUAAACGACGCAAGACUGAAAGAUUGGGUAAAAGCUUUCCCAUUCACAAAAGAUAUAGUUGGUAACAUGGAAAGAAAACCAGAAUGGCUACAAAAACAUAUAUUUGGAAACGAGCUUAUUCCAUAUGGACAGGCACUGUUUGAAGAGCUUGAACCGGAAACUCAGGAAAGAGUCAUGCAAACAAUAAGCGACGACUCAAAUACAAACUAUGACAAACUCUUUCUAGGAUAUAGGUUACCUGAGAUGGGCGACCAGAGCCCAAAGGCAAAAAGGACAUGGGAAAUUUGCAACAUACUAGGUGAACAUGAGGCAAAGAUGCAACAACUUGAAGCAGAGGGCAAGUUACCAAAAGCGACACCAAAGAAGAAGAGAAGAGUAGAACAAAGUGAAAGUAGUGAAGAAGUAACUUCAUCUAGUGAAAGUAGUGGCAAUGAAGGAAAAAGAAGAGUUAAAAACUCAGUCAGGAAGAAAGUAAAGCUUGGUCCACGUGGGUUCUAUUAUGACAUAUAA